AUGCCCAACGGAUCCAACAUACCAGCACAUUACCGACUUCUCAAUAUUUUACUAGACCUCAAAACCGAACGCUCGGGGCACUCAGACUCGGAGCUCAAUUUCCGGUGCGAGGACGAAGACGCGUUCAACCUUGAUGCGCUUGCAGGGAGCAUCGCCAAUGUCGGCUCCAUGAGGCACCUUACCAUCUCUGACGUUGACAUCAGUUGCGCUGAAGGAAACUUCAACCAUGAAUUCAGAGUGGACAACCUCAGUCUCCAUUACCAGAACGAAGAGUUUCGACAAGGAUUUCUUACUGCUACCUCUGGAUCUCCUCUCUGUUACUGCCAUCUUGACGGCGCCUACAUCACAUACGAAAGCGUCCCAAUGGCGCAUUAUCUCCGGCUGGAAAAUAUCUACGUCAAUGGCGAUGCAGCGUUUUCUCGAGCGUUGAAGCGUCACUUCGGAAAUCGAUCCGACAUCAUUGAUUGUGAAGGUUUCGCCGAUGACCACCUUCAGAUAAUUGGCACCCACUGUGAACUUCUACAACGCCCCUACUUGAUCGACUGUCCAAAUUUUGCUGUGAAAGGCCUGAAGGUGAUGGUCACCGAACGCCUGAAACUCGUCUCGACUUAA